AUGGGUGCAGUACUCUGUGAUGGAUUGGUGUGCUCAAUGUUUCUUUAGCACCGUGAUCCUGCUUGGGACAAAGUGAUUAUUGAACCUGGAUGGAUGGAUGAAUUAAUGAAUGUUAGGGGAACUGUUCUGUGGACCUGUUAAAAAUACAGUUCAGUUGUGACUGCCGCUCGCUUUUCUCAAAUUUUGGAGCUUCAGUUUCAGUCAAGAAGAGCCAGGACGUAGGCAGACCACUGAUGUUUAUAUGCGACUUUAGCAGCCGUCGCCAGUGGCAACUGAACUUUCAAGUUCGGCUUUUCGAAUCGCCCGCCAGAAUGACGUCCACGUGAAGGAGUCGCGAAGUCGAUCGGCGACGGAAAGGGCCGAGCGCGCGCGGCACCGCGGGCCGCCGGAGGAGCGCCGCGCUGGGAGUGCGGGCGUACGGGAGCUCGUCCUCCAUUCAGCGGUGAUCGCGGUCGCUGCACGUUCCUCGCCGACGAGCGGCGCUCGGUACAGGCCAGGCCGGACUGCGCUCUGGGUGCCGGCGGUGCUGCCUGAGACGCGCCGGCCGCGGACGGAGGAGCCGCCGAGCAGCACAUCGUCGCACGCAGCGAGUCCGCCGAACUUGUGCUCCCGAGUCAAGGUACAGAACUGUGUGUCGAUCGAUGGCGUCCGGCUCGAGGGUGUCCAUCCUGGACUACUUUGACAUCGUGUUCGAGGGCGAAAAUGGCAAGAUCGAGUCCAAGUGCAAGGCGUGCGGAACGCGCAUCCAGGCGAAGCGCACCGUGACGUCCAACUUCGUGACGCACCUCAAGCGCAAGCACCGGGACGUCUACCACGAGUUUGUGAAGAAGAAGGAUGUCAAGAGGGAGGCUUACGCUUCAGGUGUUGCGCAGCAGCUUGCCUCCGGGGGGCGCCCCGAUUCGGCCCGUUCCUCACACGGAAGAGCGGCGUCCAAAUUUGACCGUAACGAUCCCCGACAGGCCCUCAUCUCGGAGGCCAUCGCCAAGAUGAUGAUCCGCGAUCUGCAGGCGGUGGAGACGGUGGAAAACGAGGGCUUCCGGGAGCUUCUGCAGCUGCUGGAGCCCAGGUACGCCCCGGAGUCGCGGCUCUACGUCCAGCGGCAGCUUCUCCCGGGAUACGCCUACCAGGUCCAGCUGGCCACCAAGCAGGCCCUGACGGCAGCCGAGUCCUGCAGCGUCACCCUGGACCUGUGGCAAAGUGGGGCAGCGGGCAGAGGGACCGGCUACCUGGGGGUCACCUGCCACUUCAUCACAGGUGACUGGCAGGCGAGGACUGCCCUGCUAGCCUGCCUCCCUCUGGCCAGCCGGCGCAUAGUACAGCGCACGCUUGUCGAGUUCGACGCGAUCUCUCGUACCCACAGCAUCACGGGGAAGGUAUUUCGGGUGGUGGCGGGCUCCACUUCGUCCGAAAGAAGGGCUGCCUUCCGACUGCCUGGCUUCUGUCUGCGUGGCGGUGAAGGCGAUGAGGAGGAAGAGGAGAACGGCAGCAGAGAUGAGGAACGCAGGGCUGUGGAGAGCAGUGAGGCGGGUGGGGAGCUGGCAUUGGACAUCUCCUUGGGGUUCAGUCUGGGUUCUUGUCCAAUUGACUGUUUUGCCCAUUCGCUGGGCCUGUGCGUGCGGGAGGGCCUGCGCUCCUCCCCUCAGCUCUCCGUCACCCUCGCCAAAGCCGCCUGCUUCUACAACUACGUCACUGCCACCGUGCCCCCGGAGAAGCUGGGCCGGGUCUUUGGAUCGACGGGCACCGCAGACGGCCUUCCCGCUUCCAGGGAGCAGAGUUGGAACUCGCAGCUGAAAACAGUGCGGCGCAUGCUGGAGUCAGCGGACUUCUUGGAGGACGUGGUGGGCCGACGUGACCUGGAGCUCAGCUGCUUAGAAAAGGCUUUGCUCACGGAGCUGGUGGAGCUUCUGGAGCCUUUUGAGGAGGCCGCGGACAUGGUCCAGGGGGACAAGCACGUGUCCAUCAGCCUGGCAUUGCCUUGUGUCCUGGGGCUCCGCAAGCACCUCUCGGAAACCCACGCCCGCCAGUGCACCGGCAUCCUGGUUGGCCUGGCUCACUCUCUGGACCGCAGGUUGGCCUCCAUCCUGGAGGACCCUCUGUACGUGACCGCCACAGCCCUGGACCCACAAUUCAAGCUGUCGUGGAGCAGCGAUGCCGAGUGCCACAAGCAGAUGCUGCUGAAGGAAGUGGCGAAACACAUACGGGAGAGCAGCCUGCAGGAGUCCAGCAAGGAGCCCCCAAACCUCCAACCAUCCGAACGGCGCAAGCUCUUCUCCUUCAUCAAGCAGCGUCCGGCUUCACGGGCCAAGAGCAUCGAGCAGGAGCUGGCCGCUUACCUCCACGAGGAGCCCACUGAUGAGGACCCGAUGCACUACUGGAAGCGCAAGGCCACCGACUUCCCCCGGCUGUCGCAGGUGGCCAAGAAGGUGUUCACCGUGCCAGCCUCCACCACCCCUGUGGGAAGGAUAUUCCGCACAGUGGGCAGGAACCUGAAGCCAGAGAGAUGCAGGCCUCUGCCAAAGAACUUAGACACUCUCAUUUAUUUAAAAGCAAACUACAGACUCCUCUGGACCUAAAUAUGGAAUAUUCUGGGGUUUCUGUAGGGACAUUUGAGAGGUGAGACUAGCAAUGGUUGGUUUCAAGUGCAGAGGCACUUCAAUUCUGAACCGACUUAUGUCUGUGCUAUUAACCUAUGUAUACAUACAGUGGUGCUUGAAAGUAUGUCAAGCCCUUGUGUCCCUCAGUUCUACCACAAAAUGGUUAUUUAAUAAGAAGCCAUCUUUCUGGUGUGAUGGAAUUGGUAGUGUAGUAAAAAAAGCAUGGUAGUAGUGCAGGUGUGGAAAUAAGUGAAGUCCAAGCUGCACUGGUUAAACCAAGUAGGUAAGUAGGAUCAGGGGUGUAAAUCAUAGUCAGCUAUUCAUUUUAUCAGUUUAGUUUACAUUUUAACAUUUAGAUUUUACAAGUUCAACAUUUUCUACAAAAGUGACUAUCCCAAUAGGGGUAGUUCACAUACUUUCAAGCUGCACUGUGUAGUUGUUUCAUGGAGCACUAAAAUAUCUUUUCUGUUGACAUACCUUUACAUUUAUGCACAUCUAAAUAUUAAUUAAUACAUCACCACACACCACCCGCUGCCUC